AUGGGAGCAGCCAUUGCAGUAAGAAAUAGACAUUGGUGGUUUAGAGGUCUUUACGAUGAUUACAUUGGAAGAGAAACAAGACUUUCAUUUGGGUUAGCAGCAGUAAUUUGGAUUCCUCAUUAUGUCUAUGGUGUCUACUUAAACAGAACAAUUGAAACUAAUACAUCACAUAAGAUUUACUCUAUGGAAGUUGGACCAUCUAGAAAUAGAUUGACUCAUUCAAUGAUCUUUGAGUAAUUUGAAAUGGUUUUGGAAAAUUGGGAAGAAUUAAAUAAAGAAUAUGCAGAAAAAGGGAAAAAAAUGCUUGAAGAAUGAAAUUGGGCAAUAUUAAUAUUAUAAAUAAAUAUACAAAACACAACUUUA